AUGAGUGGAACUAUUCUAGAAAAUCUUAGCGGCAAAAAACUUACAAUUUUAGUUUCAUUUCUAUUAUUUUGUCAACUUAUUUGCUUCUUAAUCGGCGGAUUAUUAGCGCCUGUACCCUCCAACGUUCAAACAAUAAUUGGAACAAUUUGUAAAGAUAGACCUGGCUCUCACAACGACACUUCGAUUUGGUUAUAUUCAAGGGGAGGCAAAAAAUGUGAAGUCCUCGAUCAUAAUGAAAUUCGUGAAGAUAGUUUGAGAAUGGCUAAUAAACUGGUAUUUGUCUUUCAAAUGCCGCUUCCUCGAGGCGGACAAAAUUUGGACUAUUCAAGAUGGCAACAAAACUUGAUAGGAAUUUUACAAGCCGAUAUUGCUUACGAUCCAAAAGUUUACAACAACCCACAAAGUGAGAUUACCCUUGACUUGAGAUUAGCAUACCGGAACAAAGGAGAUCCCGAUGAUGAAUGGAAAUAUUAUGCCAGUUCUUUGGAAAAGCGUGAUUUAACAUGUGAAGUUGAUAAUGCGACUGAUAAAUAUCUCUAUCAAUGCGAUACAAUUCCCGUCUUUGAAAUGGGAUCUUUACAUCAUGACUUUUACCUUCUCAAUGUUCGUAUUCCUGUCGAUUCCGAUCAACAAAUGAAUCUCAACAUUGGUUACAUUCAAGAUUUAAAUUUAGCCACCAUAUAUCAAAAUGGAGGAUUUACAAAAGUUUGGGUAUCUUUGAAAACAACCUUCUUUCCAUUUAUUGUCGCUAUCAUGAUUUGGUUUUGGCAUCGUGUUCACAUGCUACAACGAAAGCCAGUUCUACUCGAAUAUAUGCUCAUAUAUUUGGGUGCAGCUCUGACAUUUUUAAACUUGCCACUCGAAUAUCUUACACUUUUCGUUGAAAUGAAAUUUAUGCUAUUACUUAGUGAUGUCCGACAAGGAAUCUUUUAUGCGAUGCUCUGCUCUUUUUGGCUUGUCUUUGCUGGCGAACAUAUGUUGAUUCAAGAAUCUGGUGAAAAGAAUUCUCUGAAAAUCUAUUGGCGACACUUGAUGGCAGUCGUUAUCGGAUGUAUUUCGCUUUUUCUAUUUGACAUUUGUGAACGCGGUGUGCAAUUAAGAAAUCCAUUUUAUUCAAUCUGGGUCAGUCGUUUCGGAAGUCGUAUUGCUAUGACUUUCAUAGUAUUGGGUGCAAUCUCAGCUGCUAUUUACUUCCUUUUCCUGUGCUACAUGGUUUGGAAGGUGUUCAACAACAUUAGUAUUAAACGAAGUAUCUUGCCAUCGAUGAGUAAAAUGCGACGACUCCAUUACGAGGGAAUCAUUUAUCGAUUCAAGUUUCUGAUGUUGGCAACUCUUCUCUGUGCUCUCUUGACCGUCAUUGGAUUUAUCCUAGGACAAGUUACCGAUUCACAAUGGCAUUGGAACGACAAUGUUGAACUCGAAUUCUCAUCAGCUUUCUUCACUGGUGUUUAUGGAAUGUGGAAUAUUUACAUCUUUGCUCUUAUCAUAUUGUACGCUCCAAGCCAUAAGAAAUGGCCGGCAAAUGAAACUCAGGAAAACAUUAUGGGAGAGGAAAUUGAAUUCAACAACUUACCAUCCGAUACCAACCCGAGUGAGAUUUCGUCUUUGACGCAGUUUGCAAGGAAAACCGCUCUCGAUUAAAAAACUUUAUAUAUAUAUAUAUAUUUAUAUAUUUUUAUAUGUUUAAUCGUCCGAAAGGAAAAAAAGUUUAAUAAUCUCACUUUUUACUUUUCUUUUUAUUGAGAAUCUUUUAAAAAACAUAAACAGUAUUAAAAGUUUAGUGAUUAUUUCUUAUCUUAUACAUAAAACUUUUAUACCUCUUAAAAUUUGUAUUAAGAAAUAAGUUCUAAUGUUGUAGAUUGUCAGUUUAAAAAUGAUUAACAUUUAGCAACUGUAAUAAUUAUUGAAAAACUCGAAUAUUAAUAAUUUUAAUUGAAUUAUAAAUGCCAUGGAAAUAUGUUUGAUGAAAAUCUUAAUAAUUCUUGUAGAAUGUCAGAACUCCAUUUGCCAAAUGAUAAUGAAUAGAAAUACUUACUUAACAAUUGCAAUGAAAAUUGCGCUAGAUAUUUCAAUUAAAUUAGAGGAUGUACUUACAUCAAGCUGGUUUUAACGGAAACGAGAUGAAAGUUUCAUGAAUAUCUAGAAAAUUUUCAUUUUUGAAAGUUGGAAAGGAAAAUUUAAAGUAAUUUUUUCCCUCCACUCUUUUCUUUUUGAAAGAGCAAUUAAAUCGUUUAGGAUUUAUGACGUUAAGUGAUGGAAAUUUAAUUGCGUAAUGUGUGAAACGCUUUUCUGUUUUCUACAAAAAUAAUAAAAUAUUUCGUCC